AUGGGUUGUGAGACUAAAACAUGGUUGAUUCUGUCUCUUCUUCUCUUGGGGGCAAGCUACAUGCAACAAUGUGUAUAUGGAGCACCUCAAGUGCCUUGUCUUUUUGUUUUUGGUGACUCUUUAUCUGACAGUGGAAACAACAAUGAUCUUGUUACAACUGCAAAAGUUAAUUACAAACCAUAUGGCAUCGAUUUUCCGACAGGUCCAACAGGAAGGUUUACUAAUGGAUUAACAUCAAUUGACAUAAUUGGUCAACUUUUGGGAUUAGAUUUCAUCCCACCCUUUGCAAGCCUUGCUGGCUGGGAUAUAUUGAAAGGUGUUAACUAUGCAUCUGGCUCAGCUGGAAUUCGCUACGAGACAGGCAAAAAAACGGGGGACAAUGUCGGUUUGGGAACACAAUUACGACGUCAUGAGAUGAUAAUUGCCCAAAUUGCUAUCAAGCUUGGAGGUGUUGCACAAGCUUCACAAUAUCUAAAUAAAUGCUUGUAUUAUGUCAAUAUAGGCAGCAACGAUUUUAUAGAUAAUUACUUCCUUCCUAAGUUAUACGCAACAAGUCGAAGGUAUAAUCUGGAGCAGUAUGCUGGAGUUCUUAUUGAUGAGUUAUCUAAAUCUAUACAGAAAUUGCAUGAUAAUGGUGCAAGAAAAAUGGUGCUAGUUGGGGUAGGUCCUAUAGGUUGCACUCCAAAUGCCCUUGCUAAAAACGGAGUAUGUGUUAAAGAGAAGAAUGCUGCUGCAUUAAUUUUUUCUAGCAAACUUAAAUCUCUAGUGGAUCAACUCAAUAUUCAAUUCAAGGAUUCUAAAUUCGUCUUUCGAAACAGUUCAGCAGACAUCUUUGACAGUUCAAAAGGUUUUAAAGUUUUGAAUAAAGCUUGUUGUCAAUCAUCAUUGAAUGUGUUUUGUACUCUUAAUCGAACUCCAUGCCAGAAUAGAAAAGAGUACAAGUUUUGGGAUGGAUUUCAUCCCACACAGGCUGCAAACCAAAUCGGGGCAAUAAAUUCAUACAAUUCUUCUAAUCCAAAAAUCAUUUACCCAAUGAAUAUUCAACAGCUAGUUAAGGCAUGA